CAGUAUAUGUUGCAAGUUCAACAAAGCUUUAAAUCAAGUUUCGGAUUUCAUACGAUACCGCCAACUUGACACCGGACACUGGAUACUCGAAUACAAACAAAAACCAAAACAAGACUAAAAAUUAUGUAGUGCCAUUUUAAACAAACGCUUGAACUGUAAGAAAAGGAAGGUAAACAAAGCGUGAAAUUUAUAGUUUUUUGAUUCCAAAUACAUGAUCCAUUGACUGAUUGUAUCUUCGGGAGGUAACUAUUAAUAAUUAUAAUUAUUUGCAAUAAAUAAAGUUGAAACUGAUUAAAGUUCAUAAAUUUUAUUUCAUGGAAGUUUGAAUUCAGACUUGAAUUUGCUGGAAGUACUAUAGUUUUUAUUCAGUAUUAAAAGUGAAUUGGGUACUUGAAGAAUGACAUAGACACUAAAUUCCUUUCUAGAAGAUAUUAAUCUAUUAAAAGAAAUAUUUCGGAAACUGAUUCUUCAAGGAUAUUUUACGAGUUUUGUAUUGACAGUAAAUUAUGAGAUGGUGUCUAUGAUUGAAGCACAUUUUUAUGGUAUUCCUCAUCAAAGUAGUAUUUAUGGUUUGACCUCAUUAUUUGCUGGUGAAAGUUCCCAUAAAGUCUUAGUGGCAUCAUCUAAAAGGAAAGUCUACUGUAUUGAAUAUACAAAAAGCAAGCAAAGUGUGAUAUUUUCAACUCGGGAAGUUCAAUUCACGUAUAUACCAAGUCGUGCUGAAAUUAUAUCAAUUGAUGCUUUUAAUCAGGCAUGCCAUAUUCAUGAUUUUGUUGUUGGCAUUACCUUUACUAAACUAGAUAAUGGAGGGAAGCAAAGCCAAUAUUUUAAUAUAUAUUCUGACUGGGAGCCUAGCAACGAAUGUGAUUUAGACAAUAUUGCUCAGGGAUGCCUAAGUAUUUGCCUUGAUUUUAUUCCAUUUCAUUUAACGCAUACUGAAUUAUCUGUAAAUCAAUCGAAAGAAAUGGUAUGGCUUUUAAGUGGGAGUGAUUGUAAAAUCCAUCUUUAUCGAGAGGAUAAAACUCGUCAGACAUAUUCUGAGGAACCUAGCAAUACUUGUUUCCCAGAGUUUGAAGAUCUGCCUAGUCUGGUAAUGUGGAUGGAUUUUAUAGCAUCUGAUGAUUCAAGAAUAACAGCUUUGGGAUGUAAAGAUGGAACUGUUAUAGUUUCUUUAAUUGAAUUUGUUCCAGAUAUACAUAUUGUGUCUUCCUGGAAAAUUCAGCAUGAUGGCCCUAUUUCAUCUGUUAAGCUCUUUAAAGAUUCAGGAUUGAAAAAUCGCCUAGCUUCUGCCCAUUCAGAUGCAAUUGAUGAGAAAGGAAAGAUAAAUUUAGUUGUUGGGAACACUCUAGAAGUAUCUGUUGUUUACAGGGAUGUCUUAAACUGUGAUUUGAGUAUAUCGUCCCAAUGGCAAUUACCUAAUAGCAAUAAAUUUGACUGUGUCACCUGUGCAUUGAUUGCAGAUAUUGAUAUGGAUGGGAACAAUGAAUUGUUAUUAGGAACAUAUGGGCAAUUAUUUUUGAUAUACAAGUGGAAACCAGAAUCAGCUAAAAAAGGCAAAGGUUCUUAUUUUUUAUUUCAUCAACAAAUGCUACCCAAUCCUAUAUUAGCUAUGAGCUACAUUGACAUAGUUGGCGAUGGAUUGAAAGAACUUCUCAUUCUAACAACAAAAGGCUUGCAUAUUUUUCAGCAUGACAUGAAGAAAGCUGCUGAAUUGUGUUUAUCAAGAAUGAAAAUACUUCUGCAAAAGAUGUCAAGAGAAGAACUAGAAAGUUGCUUAAAACUAGAAUCAUGAAUAAAUAAUGUAUUUUUACAUUAAUAAUUAAAAUUAUGUAACAUAA